UUGCAUUCAAGAGUUUCGGUCAAAAUUCAUGUAGAAAUUGAUAAAUAUUACUUUUCGCCUCAAAGCAUUGUAAUUUUAGCGGAAUGUUUCUGAAGAAGUGCUGCUUCUUCUUGCCCCUGAACGUAGGUUGCAUGAUCAUUGGAGGGAUCCUCACGGGUUUCCACGUUGGUGAGCUAAUAACGCAUAAUGGUGACUCGGUAUUUAUCAGGAUGACAUCCACUAAAUGGUGGGCUCCCGUUAUAUUGUGUCCAAUCCUGGUGUUUGGAACUCUGAGCUCUAUACUGCUAAUCUAUGCGGCUUCCAAGCGCAAGCGGGGUUAUGUCUUACUGUGGUUGAUCACUUAUGUAUUUAUACUCGGUUUGUAUAUUAUACUGGCCAUUGUCCAGCUGGCAAAAUCUAAACCUGUACCGGUUAUAUUAACCGUUCAGGUUAUCAUUAUAGUCGGUCUUAUAUACUCUCUGCUGAUAGUGUAUGGUUAUUACAAAUAUCUCAGCAGUGUGGAAUCUGAUGAUUCAAUUUGAUAUGCUGACGCAA